AUGAGGAGGCACGCGCUGCAGCUCUUCGCGCGCGCGGUGCGCGCCUCCGCUCCUCGUCCCCAUCCUCAGCGCCCUCUCCAUCAGGUCCCCGCGCUGAGAGCAUCGACGGGUUUCUUCUCGACCGACGCCGCUGCAGGCGCGUCUGCAUCUGCUACUGCCGAAGCGGCGCAGGGUGGGUCGAAGUCCGCUGCGGCAACGGCUGCGGCUGCUUCUUCUGACGCGGCGCAGGCCGCUUCGAAGCCCGCGGCGGUGGCGUCGGGCUCUGACGGCGGAGGCGGAGGGGGCGGGCGGGAUGGGAAGUCACAGCAAGGGGACUCCGGGAAGUCUGUCCGAGGAGGGCCCGUCUCGUGGUUGAGUUUUCUUCUGCUGCUUGUGACCGGAGGAGGAAUCAUAGUGUACUACGACAAGGAAAAGAAGCGUCACAUUGAAGAGCUGAAGAACAAUACGAACUCAGUAAAGCCAGCACAAUCAGUAGGAACUGCUGCUAUUGGUGGUCCAUUCAGUCUUCUAAAUCAUGAUGGGAAAGCCGUCACUGAAAAGGAUUUCUUGGGUAAAUGGACGCUGCUAUAUUUUGGGUUCACACACUGCCCUGACAUCUGUCCAGAUGAACUGCAGAAGAUGGCUGCUGCUAUUAAUAAAAUCAAGGAAAAGGCAAAACUAGAAAUUGUGCCAGUGUUCAUCUCAGUUGAUCCUGAAAGAGACACUGUUGAGCAAGUCCAUGACUAUGUUAAAGAGUUCCAUCAAGAUCUCAUAGGACUAACUGGUACCUCUGAUGAGGUGAGAAAGGUUGCUCGUGCUUAUCGAGUCUACUAUAUGAAGACAGAGGAGGAGGGUUCUGACUACCUUGUUGAUCAUUCAAUCGUCAUGUACUUGAUGAACCCGAAAAUGGAGUUCGUCAAAUUCUUCGGCAAGAACUACGAUGAAGACACCCUGGCCGAAGGCAUCAUCAAAGAGGUCCGAGAGCACAAGAGGAGCUGA